AUGCAGAGGGUCAACAUCUCAGCAGUAUCAGAAUUUGUUUUCGUGGGCCUCUCUGAUGCUCCAGAAAUCCGUUUGCUUCUCUUUGUGCUGUUUCUACUCAUUUAUUUGGCCACCAUGGCAAGCAACACCACUCUCCUCAUUGCCAUCUGCACCGACUCCCACCUGCACAGCCCCAUGUACUUUUUCCUCAGCAAUUUAUCCCUGCUGGAUCUCUUAUGUCCCACCAUCACCGUGCCCAAGAUGCUGGGGGCCUUGCUGCUGGAGCACAAAGAGAUUUCUUUCUCUGGCUGCCUGUUCCAGCACUUUUCCCUCAUUGCUGUGGUGGGCACGGAGAUUUUCCUCCUGGCUGUGAUGGCCUACGACCGCUACAUGGCUGUGUGCCACCCCCUGAGGUACCCGAGCAUCAUGAGCACCAAGCUGUGUGCUCAGCUGGCCCUGGGCACCUGGGCAACAGGGCUUCUGAACUCCCUGCUGCACACCUCUCUGGUUUUCACGCUCUCUUUCUGCAGCCCUAACAAAAUCCAGCAGUAUUACUGUGACAUUCCUCCCGUGCUGGCCCUCUCCUGCUCGUCCACCCACAGCAGGGAGCUGGUGAUCCUGGUGGUGGCCGGGGUGCUGGGGAGCAGCGCCUGCGUGGUCACUGUGGUCUCUUACCUCUAUAUCCUCCUGGAGAUCCUGGCCAGGAAGUCCCCUGGGAUCUGGCACAAGGCUUUCUCCACCUGUGGUUCUCACCUGGCCGUAGUUUGCCUUUUUUACGGGACCACCAUCUGCACCUACGUCCGCCCUUCCUUCACCUAUUCCCCACACUGGGAUAGGGUCGUGUCCAUGCUCUAUGGAAUGAUCACCCCGCUCCUAAAUCCCAUCAUCUACAGCCUCAGGAACAAAGAGGCCAGCAGAGCAUUCCUCUGGCUGCUGGCUGAGGGGAGUCUGAGGGCUUUGCCUCCGCAGCUUUUAGCGGCAGCAUCUUCCCAGACACUGACCACCACGGCCAAGGUGCUCUGCCUGGGGUUCAGGGCUGUGCCCAGCCCAGAAGAAUGUCUGGAACAGCCCUGUGGGAUUGCUGAGGGGCUCCUGGGGCUGUCCUUCCCCCUUAUCUCCCUGUCCCACCGAGUGGGUGGCCUCUGUGUCCCUGCUUUAUGCCUGCUGGAACGCUGAUAGCUGUGGGCACAGCCCAACAUCUGCGGGGCUGCACAUGCCGACUUCAACACGCUCCUGAAGGCCAACCCGAUUGAAAGUGUUACAGCCAUUUCUCAGCCCAACAGAGAUAUUUUUCCCUGGUUUAUUUCUCUCUCUCUGUGCAAUUUCCUUGCUUUUUUUCCCCCCAGUUUGUUCAGUGUGCAGGGACAGCACAGCUGGAUCGCUUCCCCACCUUGAGGAAGGGGCUGUGUCCAGGAGAACACUCCACACUUCAGCACUGCCUCGCUGCUCCAUAAGCAGCACAACUUUUUUCGGCCCAACUUGAGCCCCUUGAGCUGCUUUUCAGUCUUUUUACUUCGAUGCCAAGGGCCUGAAUGUGGCUUAGGAGGAAGUUGUACCCAGCAGGAAAGACGGAUGUGGGUGUGGAUCCUGUGGAGUUGUGGCUGCACCUCUGCAUGGACCACAAUAGUGUAUUCAGUGUCCCCUCCCAGCACAGCACAGCAGGAAUCAGCUUUUCCCAGACAAAACUCUUCGUGUGCCUCCCUUCUGCUGAGAACAUCCCUCUCCAUUGACUGAAUCCCUUCACUUCUGAAUGAGCCAGGGAAUGAGUUCCUGGAGAGACCUGCUCAGCAGUUUGGGGGUGCCCCCCACCCAUCCUGCCCAACAGAGAUCAGCCGUGGGCCACUGCUUGUUUUUGUGGUGUUUUAUCAGGCUGCUGCAUGUCCUUUAACUGCCAGCUCCUUGUAAAAGCUUGUUUCUUCUCCUCAUGCUUGAAAGCAUUUGCUGCUCAUCCCUUUUUGGGUGGCUGAGUAUAAAAGCAGCCUCCUCUGAGAGAUUUAGUGUCUGCUCAAACUCAGUGCUGCACUAAAUCCAAGGAACAACUUUGUGCAUCCUCACAAAAUUACCUGAUGGCCUCAGGGGGGACAAACCUGUUUGUCUCUUUGAUUCCCAAGUAAAACUUCUUUUAAAAAAAAAGAACAUUUCAUCCUUGUGUCUAGAAUUAAAGCUGCCUGGUCAUCCAUGAGGGCAUCAACACUCACCAGUGCUUUCCAGGGGAAUUCAUGCUCAGAAGGAGGUGAUUUUUGUGGUGUGUUGAGAAAUUUCCCCAUAUUUGUUGACUUUAGAUGGGUGGUCUAUUUGCAAUUUCUGUACAGUAUUUGAAGAAAAAGUUCAAUACAACGGAAACAGGGCAUGGGAAUGACCCCCACCCCCUUGUUUUUAACACUGUGAAUCUGAGAGAGGAGAAAAUAAAGGUGGAUGGUACCAUGGGAGAAUCAUUACAGUAGAGCAAAUGUUGUGGAUUGUGGCCUAUGGUGGAAUGUCAACAUCAAACUUAUUGUGGCUUUUGCAGCUUGGCAAAUCCAUGUUGUGAAAGCUCCUGUACAUGCACCUGGGGCACAGGCUGCCCUUGGAAUCGGGGAUGGAGCUUUUCCCUCACAGAUAGAGGAGUCAGUCUGUAAAUUAGUUUAAAAAGGGAUGAAUCAUCCAAGUAAAUUCACCAGAUCCUGCUUCUGGCUGUGCUGACAGAAUUACUAUAUUAUUAACAUUGUUCUUCCUCACUCUCUUGGCUCUAAGUGUAUUUUUACAAGGAUUGUAAAAGAAAUAAAAAUAAAUUAAAGGGUGUUCUGGGCAAAUUAGAGAAUUGCAAUCUCCUACAGCAUUUUGUUUAGACUGCAUGUAAAAAUACUCCAGAGAGAAAAAAAUCCUAUGUCACAAUUUAGAAGUUUGUCCGUCUAAAGAAGGUUUUAUUCUCCUUGUCUAUUAAAUUGUGUAGUACAAAGCUACAGAUUAUUCUGUGUUUGGACUUUUUUCCUGCAUAAAAAACAGCUUCAUUUUCUGUUUCCAAAGCAAAUUUCCCAGCAGAACUUCCAACAUCCUUUGUCUGUCUCCCUUUGGAGAGUGUUUCCAGGAGCCAGCAGCUCUGUGUACCCCAGGCAUUUGCAUUCUGUGCUGUAAGUACCCAGUGAAAACUUGUUGCCUAAAUCCCUGGUUUCUCACUUGGAAAAAUUCAGGCACCUAAAAGAAACAAACUGAAAAGUUUUCACCGAGUGUCUUACCCAGGGAGCGACAAGAAGGAGUUUCCAGUUAAACUCCCAGAGCAAGUGGAGCCCAGAUGUUUUUAGUAAACAGCUUUCAAAACGCACAGUUGAGACCAGUGUCAAAUUUCCAGACGCAUGAUCAACCUCGGAGCCAAGUUUAGAGUUGCUUUUGUGUUUGCAUAAAGCCUGGAAGCUGAAUGACACUGAAGUUUGUGGAUGGAGUGGAGGUUCUCCAUAACAAAUAUUUGACUGGAUGUAAUUUCUCUUAUUUACAGGACUUUGAGCUUCGGGGAAAAAAAAAAAAAAAAAAAAAGGGUUACUGUAUUUUUGUGGAUUUAACAUUUGAGGCACAUUCAGCACUUUCUUGCUCACUGGAAUUGGAACAGUUGUUGAUUUUUAACUGGGAUUUGUUAUUAAUAUGGCCAUUAAACCAGCACGGCAAAAUCAAGUGUUCUAAAGCUAGAGGUAAACCAUUUCUACAAGUGAGAAAUGAAAUUAUGCAUUCCUUGCCAUUCUGGCUGUUUGCUCACACCAAGGCAGCCCUCUCCCUGAAGUCUAACUGGAUGCCUAAGCCACAUACCAAGGCUUUUGCUCAGGGACUGUAUCAGCAAAAAUCUGUCUCAGAAUUUACUUUGGGCAAAUACUGCCCAGUAUUUGUUUAGGAGUCCUGUUUUCUGCCCCUUUGGAAAGGUCAUGCACGAGAAGGGCACAGGUAGAGUCAGGUUAAAUGAUAUUAAAGUGGGGGUAGGAGGCACGGAAACUUCUCCUUUCGGUAUAUCUUGAUCUCUGACCUAGUAACUUUCUGUAUCAUGUGCAGACACUCACCAAAGAAGCUCUGAUUAUUUUUGCAUGCUUAAGACUCAGCUUCAAUAUCCCUAAAUGGGUGGAUUUUUGGUCUGUGCCCUGUGUAAAGUAGCGAAGCUGUAAACAAGAGAGCUUGCUCCAUUGUUCCUGGUGGGAUAUCAUCCAAGGGAAAACAAGGAUUGUCUUCAACAAUUUGAAGCUUGUGUAGGCAGACAAUACAUUGUUUUUGCAUGUGGGCAGCAUGAACAUGCUUCUACUUCAGCCCAAGAAAGCAGCUGAGAGGGACUUUAAUUCAAAAUCCACACCCACCGCUGCUGCCGAGAGGAUGGGGCAGGCCCUGGGCAGCUGGGAAUGUUGAGGGGUAAAAAAUACUAAAAUAAGGAAAGAAUUUCUCCCUAAGCAGUAAAGAAUUUUUUCUAGAGAACUUUACAGGCAUUCUUGGGAAGAAGUCUCCUAAAAGCAUCACCUUACUCAGGCUGGGCUUUCCAUCAAGUGAAUUUCAUAUUUAGGAGGGAAUUUUUCCCUGAGAGGGUGGGGAGGCUCUGGCACAGCUUUCCCAGGGAGUCUGACUGCUCCAUGGUCCCUGGAAGUGUUCAAGGCCAGGCUGGACGGGGCUUGGAGCAAUCUGGGAUAGUGGAAGGUCAUGUGGCCUUGGCAAGGGUGGAACAGGAUGAUGUUUAAGGUCCCUUCCAGCCCAAAUCAUUCCAGGAUUUCAUUACAAAUGCAUUUUCACCAAGAGCAGCACAAGAUAAAAGGAGGCCUGAACGGAGCCAUGAGGAAACAAUAUGAAGUAGAGUCAAAAUUAAAGCAGUAAUUUGGGACAGGAAAGAUCUGGGAAUGGCUGAACUGAAUUAGUGGUGAAUUCUUCACCUUGGUUACCAAGACAUGACCACCAUGGCUGUGCAACCCCGUGUUUCCUCUCCUGACCAUGUAAAUCUGCUGUCAUCAAAACAAUGUGCAUUGUGCAACUCCAGAAAGCAGAAUUUGGGACUUCCCCAAUCCUACUGACGUGCUAUCACGAGUGGCACAGACUGUCCGAGCUGCAGAGGAAAUAUUCCCGUUAUAAACUUUGCAAAUAUGGAUCUUGUUUGAUGUUCCUGUUGUGAAGACACUCCACUGUGAAUGCAGAAAUAAAGAAAAAAAA